AACAGGAGGGACAGAGAGGUAGAGGUCAUUGAGUAUUUCUUUCUGCUCUGCUCUAAGAAAUAGUGCAAGAUAUUUGUGCUUCACUCCCAGGUGAGUUCUUCUGCUGGUUGGUGUGCAUAAAAUGUUAUAGAAUGCCAUCGAAUCUGUGUACCAGCCAAGGGGCCGCAUGGAGUAAAGGGAGACCAAUAAAGAGUUAUGGCCUGUGGUCAGUACUCACAGGGCCGGACUGGGAGGUCUGGGGCCCAUCGGGGCUGCUGCUUUGGGGCCCCUACACACCCCCAGGACACCGCCCCAGAGGCAAAGACACAUUCGACACCUCAGGCUCCCCCCUGCUGCAACCCCUCUCUGGCCCCCCACGUCUACCUUUUUUUCCUGCGACCAGGGGCCAGGAGGGAGGUCUGUGGGCAGCUCCAAUAUCGGGUCUGGUCCGGUGCCCACUGGGUUUUUCCUCUGUGUCCCGUUGGCCCAAUCAGACCCUGAGUACUCAUCAAGCAGCUAUUGGGUGGGAGAUUUUUGGCUGCCAUCCCCUAAAUAUACUUCCAGGUCAUGUAUUCCCAUCUUCCUUACAUUUUCAAAUGAGUUUACUAUUAUUGUUUUGUUUAUAAUUAGAAUUGCUAUGCAGAUCUGAUGGGUCAUGGGUUGUUUCGGUGUGGAAGUCACUCUUCCAUAGCAGAAAGUCAAAUUCACUAGGGGGUGACAAUAUGUUAAGACUCUCCCCUUAGUAAAUUCAAUAACUAGGCUGGUUCGUGGAAAAAAAUGUAACAAGCCAGGGAAAAAAAGUAGUAAAUAUGUUACUGUCCUGCACAUGAGUUAGUCUAAGUCUGCCACAGCAUUACUGCCCCGGCUGGUGCAUUUUUUUACCAUAAAAGGAGCACACAAAAAAACUUAGUGAUUGAAUUUAAUCUGGGGGGAACCCUAACAUUUUGCCCAGAGAAUUCAACUUUGUCAAUUCAACUAAUGCAGUCCUUGCCACGACAGCCUGUUUUUCCUUUGUUCCCCCUAGGGCCAAACGAUCAGCCCAAUAUUUGGGGAAGAUGCCAAACGAGUGCAUCUUUCAAUGUAUGGCCUGCUUACCUUCCUGAACUGUGAGAUCUCAUUAAUACAAUAGGGUAAAGUUAUUGACACACAGGGCAAUUGCCAAUGUUUUCCUAUCUUUGUGAUUACCAGUUCGAUGGUUGGCAAAUCACUCCAGUCUAGGCAAGUACUAUUUAGGGCAAUGGUAGGGUCAGGUGAUUGAUCAGAAUGCCCCUCACUUUCCUUAAAUGAUCAUCUCAGCCAUAUGUGCAAUGGCAGGGCUACUAAGGAAAGUAUAGGCCACCUAUAUGUUUUCCCACUGGCAAUGGGACACUAAUGGGAAGGGAGCUUUGGACCUUUUGUUGCCUGUGCUGGAGGCCAUAAUACAUCAGUGACAAAAAAUCCCUGUGUGCUUGUGCCCUUAAAAUUGGGGUUUUUAGUAAAUUGUGUGGCCUUCCCAUCAUACAUGUCACUUAGUGGUUAUUUCCUGUUGUCCAGUGGUGUUGUUACCCCUUGUCCUCAGAAGGCUGUGUAGUAGGGCAGUAACCUAGAGCUCUUUGAGCACAUUGUGUUUUGGCUGAAUGUGUCCUUUUGUUCUGAGGGCACUUUUUUUGCUGCUAAAGUGAGUGUUGUGUGUUCUCCAUGUGUUGGAUGUUCCCUCCUCCCCCUAACAGCUCUGAGCUGCCUCUCUAGGAUCCUCUUUCCUCGCUCACAAUCUCCAGGGAGCCAGUGUGGGAAGAAUAGAUUUCCGCCCCUUCUCAGACCCACAACUUUUCCCUGACUCUGCUGCUAGCAACGGGCUGCCAUGCACUCUCCAGUUAGCGACCCCUGAACAAAAGGGCUGCGUGCAUUCUCCUUAUUAUACUGUUAGCAUGGAGAAGGGGAGGGGGCCAGUCAGAGCCUUUUGGAGGAACCUUGAUUGGACUGUGCAGCGCUUGGACCUGGAGGGAUUUGCUCAUCAGCUCCUGGAAUAAAUUAACUAUGGACAUGAGGAGAAGGAAUGAGCUACCCAUGGACCCUUUCCACUGACACUGCCCACUCCUGCUGCCAUCUGCACUGCUACAAGGUAAGCAAACCCUCCCGGCUCCUCAGAUAAGGAAUGCAGCACGUUACAUGCACAGUGAGUUGUCUCUAGUGGCUGCAGCAUAUUGUUGCUACAAAAAAGUGCUGGACUUUGUAAAGAACAGAGAGGCAAGAGUUAUACAAACUUGACUUGCCCUUAGAGCUGACAGUAUAAGCAGUUUGGGAGCUGGACAGAACACUAUACAGGGAAAGGUGAUGCCCAGAUUUUGGUGUCUUCAAGUGCCAUGGCGAAAGCUGCUUUCAUAGACUUGCUGGUGCUGCUUGCUUGCACCCUGGCCUGGAGUGUGGAACCCAAGUGCCUGGAGCCAUGUGACUGUCAACACCUCCAACAUAUUCUGUGCUCCAACAGAGGUCUCCUAUCUGUGCCCAAAUCCAGCCAGAUUCUCAGCGCAAGUGGAACUAAAACUUACAGCCUGGGAGGAAACUUUAUUUCCAAUAUCAGUGUCUUGGACUUUGUGCACUUUCCCCAGCUGCAGAGGCUGGACUUGCAGUACAAUCAGAUACGCUCCAUUCAUCUGAAGGCUUUUGAGAAGCUCCCUGAGCUAGAAGAGCUGUACCUGGGCAAUAAUCUGCUGACUACCCUUGCUCCUGGUGCCUUGGCCCCCCUCAGGAAACUUAAAGUUCUCAAUGUAAAUGGGAACCGGCUGCACAAUAUUAGCAGGGCCAGCUUUUCUAAUUUAGCGGCACUGAUCAAACUCAGACUAGAUGGUAAUGACAUUCAGAACUUGCAGGGCUCCCCCUUCUCUGCCCUCAGCAAUCUGUUAUACUUACAUCUGGAGAACAACAAAAUAACCAACAUUAGUAAAAAUGUAUUUACAGGGCUCGGAAAACUACGCCUGCUAAGUCUGUCUGGUAACCCACAGAGCUUCCUGCGCCAACCUACCUUUCUGCCCCUGCGAUCGCUUAGCACCCUUACAAUGGCUGGAAACCAAUUGCAGCAGCUUGGGCCCUCUAUGUUUAAUGGCUUACAGAGACUUUCCAGGCUCAUUCUAAGUUCAAACCAAAUUUCUGCAAUACAGACUAAGACUUUUUUGGGACUUGAUUUGCUCCAAGAGUUGCAUUUGGAUGGAAACAAACUGGUUCAGCUUCCAGAGGGUGUCCUGGUGCCACUGCACAAUUUGGAGGUGCUAAAUCUGAGCCGUAAUGCAAUUUCCCAUUUACACCCAGAAAUGUUUAAAGGACUAAUGAGGCUGAAGGUGCUAGAUUUGCAACAUAACAUGCUGAGAUACCUCUCUGGGCAGACCUUUGCUGGGAAUCCAGUCCUAUAUCGCUUGCAGCUGGAUGGCAAUCGCUGGAACUGUGACUGUCACCUUUUGGAUCUUAAGCACUGGAUCUUGGGAACACUGCACCCCAGAAGCCGCAUGCUUACAGUUUUUGUGCAGUGCUGGGAGCCUCAAAAAGUGGCAGGAAAGUAUUUAGACUAUCUGGAGGAUGCAUAUUUAUUGGGUGUUGGAGGUUGUCAAGUAAGUACAACUCCUGCAGGUCAGGAACAGAUUAAGAACAGCACUUUAAGAGACAAGCAUAUAGGGAUUCACCAGCCUGGGAAAGGAGAUAGAGACCUUAAAAAUGGGGCAGAUAUCCUUAGAGCGCAACCAAAGACAGAAGAGAAGUCUCUGCAUCUGCCUACCCUCCCAUCAGAGGUGUCUCCUGCACUUGAAACAUUGGCAUUGAGGCAGCAGGCCUUAGUCACAAAAUGGCCAUCAAGUACCAACAGGGACAGCACUGCUAAGAACCGUGGCUUAGAAACCUCACGGAAGGGGAAAGGAAAGUCCGUAAAGAAUGCUGCAGAACAUUCACGGAAGCUGCAUCUACUUUCCCAACCUGUCCAUCCUACACAGAGUAAAGUCAAGCAGAUGAGUGUCCUGAUCCCUGCGUCCAGUAACUUGCCGCCUCACUCAGAAUCCCUGCACUCGGAAAAACCCAGCCAAUUGGACCCUCCAUCUGUGGUACCUUACACAGAUGAUCUGAAAUCUGCUUAUGCUACAUUGCAGCACAAUGAUACCACCGACAAACCCAUUCACCAUGACAAGACCUUGCACCAGAGCCCCUCCGACACCUUACUACCUAACUACAAUUCCUUCCAGCAGGCAGAAGGUGAUCCCAUGCAUCCAGCUCCCGAGACUUUGCACCAAGUUGCUCCUUUCCCAUCCCUGCUUUCUGACCCAUGUGAGUUUAACAAGUUGUAUUUAGUGAACCUAUCAGUGGAGUCUGUCGGAAGUAGCACAGCCCGGGUCCGCUGGCAGACAAUAAGUGUUCACACCCAAGGGCCUGUUCUAUUUCGAGUGCUGUAUGAGCGCUUUGGGCAGACAGGUCGUUUCCAGCGCUUUGUUUAUCCACGUGGUAGAGUAGAAUCUUUGACUCUGCAAGAGCUGACUGGCAAAACGCCAUAUCUUGUGUGUGUAGAGAGCAUUAUUGGUGGAAGGGCAUGUCCUGUGGCACCGAGGGACCACUGUAUAGGGAUUGUCACCCUACCAUCAGAAGAUGACCGACCUCUGCUUAAUUACCAAGUGCUGGCUUUAUCGCUGCUUGCUGUCAAUGCCCUGCUGCUUCUUUUGGGCUUGGUGGCUUGGGGAUCUAGGUUGGCCCAUAGGAAAUGGGGACGCAGGAGGCCCCCAGUGCACGUUCGUCAGAUGUACUCCACCCGACGCCCCUACAGGUCUGUGGGUACCGGGGUCUCUACUGAUUUCUCAGGUUUUCAGUCUCAUCGUCCCCGGACUACAGUUUGUGCCCUGGGUGAAGCAGAUCUCAUUGAGUUUCCUGGCUGUGAUCGUUUUAGGGAAGGUGGCAACAUACACAGGGAAGAUCUGCUGCAGAGAUUUACAGACUGACCCUUUACAUCAUUCCAUUCAGUCUUCAGUGACCAAAUGGUAACCAGCCUAUGAAUUGCUCAUCUCUCUAGGCAUAUGUGGAUUACUGCAGAGUGAAAUGUCCUGAUUAGCAUUGACGCUAAGGAUUUGAUUACUAUCAGGCACAGGGGCACAGUAACCAAUGGGAAGGCAAAUCCAGUGUUAGAGCUCUAUACUAUGAGUAUCUGGCAAUCUGUUAAUGGAAAUAUGAUCUAAUUAAUUGAUUGCAGAAGUAGCUCUCCAGUUCAUGCUAAACUAAACACUUAGCUAGAGGAGGAUGCUGGGAGUUGUAGUCCAGCAACAACUGGAACAAUAUGGCUGAUUGUACAUAGAAUAAUAACCUGAUGAAGAACCUGAAUUAUGUGUCGUUGCCAAAGCACUGAUGUGGGGAAUUUGCAUCUCAGUGUUACCACCAUCCCAGAUCUAACGAUUUAAUUAACUGCUCUUUUUUUCCAUGGUGAUAUUCUGUAACAUGUCCGUAAAUUGUCCAUAAUUUAUUUUGUGUUUAAAAAUGAUUGAUGUUGUUCACUUACGUUGGAAAGGUGCUAACUUUUACAGCCCGUUUGGGCUCCAAAGAAGUGAUGGAACAAAACAUACUCAACAUGCCAUAAAAUAAACAAAGGAGUCCUAUAAUAACCCCCAAGUGUCCUCUUGCAGGAGUUGUAUGCACAUUUCCUAGGCAAUGUAGAAAUAUGCAGAUCUUUAUGCCUUCAGUGCCUUUGUUUAAUGUGUCUCCAACAAUCGGUGGUUUAUGAGAUUGACAAAAGAGCCUUCCUGUAAUGUCCUAACGUUUUUAUGUGUACAUGUACAUUUCCCAUGCUCUGUCUGAACUUCAUUACAAGUGCAUUUUUUUUUUAGCAGAUGGGGGAAGCAAUUUGCCUCUGCACUCCUCGCUUCCUGGAAAGAGCAAUAGAGAUGCUUUUCCUGGUCUGUAUAAAAGUAACAUGCAAUAUAUCUUUGUUUUAUAUUGGUGUGGAAUUUUGGGUAUGUUGACUGUUAUAUUUUUAUAUGCAAGACAAACUUGAAAAGUUGAAUUUGUUUUUCUAUAAAAGGAUAAAAUGAUUUUAUGUCA